CAGGAUGGAGACGACGCGGACUGCACGCCGCUGGAGGCCCGGGCAAACCGUUAACCAGUGAACAGCAUGACUGACUGGAUCCCGUUCUUGUGACUGUCUCUCUGGAAGCCACGCCCACCUCCAGCCCCGGCUGCUGGGCCAACGGGUUUACCCUCGUGGAGACGCCAACGCCUACUGGAUCUUAGCGUCACGCCGAGGUACAUCGUAACGACCUCACAGGGGGUCACCCCCCCCCCACCCCAUCCACCCAACCCCACCGUCGUCCUCCCGGAAGCCCCAGUGACGGGACUUCGUAUUGCUUCACGGACUGACCCCUCUCGACCCGCGAAUGACAAGCGUGCUUCGGAGGGCGGGGCUUGCCUCAGUCUCUCGUGAUUGGCUGCUGGAUGGAAUUGAGGUGAAUGGAACACAUGCCCAAGGAGCAGGACUCUAACCCAUCAGAGGGAGAAGAGAAACAGUGGCUCAAUGGCCCUAAGAGGAAGAGGAAGAAUAGCCAAUGUUCGGUGAAGAGUAUGACUGGGUACAUCCCCAGCUACCUCGAAAAGGAUGAGCCAUGUGUGGUGUGUGGCGACAAGGCCACUGGGUACCACUACCGCUGCAUUACCUGUGAGGGCUGCAAGGGUUUCUUUCGUAGGACCAUUCAGAAGAACCUCCACCCCAGCUACUCCUGCAAGUACGAUGGCUGCUGCAUCAUCGACAAGAUCACACGCAACCAGUGUCAGCUGUGCCGCUUCAAGAAGUGCAUCGCCGUGGGCAUGGCGAUGGACUUGGUGUUGGACGACUCGAAGCGGGUGGCUAAACGGCGCCUGAUCGAGGAGAACAGGGAGAAGCGCAAAAAGGAGGAGAUCGUAAAAUCCCUCCAGACCCGUCCAGAACCCACUGGGGCCGAGUGGGACCUGAUCCGCCAUGUGACGGAGGCCCACCGGCACACCAACGCUCAGGGCUCGCAGUGGAAACAGAAACGUAAAUUCCUGCCGGACAAAAUCGGCCAGUCUCCGGUCGCUCCUACGUCAGACGGAGACAAGGUGGACCUGGAGGCCUUCAGCGAAUUCACCAAGAUCAUCACCCCGGCCAUCACUCGCGUCGUCGACUUUGCCAAAAAACUGCCCAUGUUCUCUGAGCUGCCUUGUGAAGACCAGAUCAUCCUGUUAAAGGGCUGCUGCAUGGAGAUCAUGUCGCUGCGAGCGGCCAUCCGCUACGACCCCGAGAGCGAGACGCUGACGCUGAGCGGCGAGAUGGCAGUGAAGCGCGAGCAGCUGAAGAACGGAGGGCUGGGCGUGGUGUCGGACGCCAUCUUUGAUUUGGGCAAAAGCUUGGCGCAGUUCAACCUGGACGAUACAGAAGUGGCGCUGCUGCAGGCCGUGCUUCUCAUGAGCUCUGAUCGCUCAGGCCUGACCUGCGUGGACAAGAUCGAGAAGUGCCAGGAAACCUACCUGCUGGCGUUCGAGCACUACAUCAACUACCGCAAGCAUCACAUUCCCCACUUCUGGCCCAAGCUGCUGAUGAAGGUGACGGACCUGCGGAUGAUCGGGGCGUGCCACGCCAGCCGCUUCCUUCACAUGAAGGUGGAGUGUCCCAACGAACUCUUCCCCCCGCUCUUCCUCGAGGUCUUCGAGGACCAGGAGGUGUGAAACGCAGUUGCCACCGCGUGAUGGAAGAAUAAAGUUCAUGGGGGGAGACGGGCUGAGAUGGAGGGAGAGCCUCGUCGCCGGGAAUCUGUUGUUUCAAAACUGGAAAUAACCGACAGGAAGAACACACCAGCAACGGGAGAGCGGAACAAACUGAGGAAUUUGUUUCCUCCUCCACAUCUUUCUCCUCCUUAUACCCACUCCUGUUUAAAUAUUCGUGUGGGGGCCCUUCUGUCUAAGCACGAUGUCUUAUCCAGUAAGAGUUGUAGCCGUUUACCAAGACAUGCAAACACACACGAAGGCACAGCUUGUUUCACCUCGUUCUUCAGGGCAGCGCUCUUUGUUUCGUUGCAGUGGUCAGACAUGUUUUAAC